AUGGAACACGUAUAUUCACAUUAUGAAUCAGAUUUAUCAGAUGUAUUUAAUUCAAUUGAAGAUAAUUUAUCACAAUUAGAAUUUAAUCAAACUAAUCCAGGUGGAAUAAGUACUGAUCAAAUAUUGGUUUAUGUUAAUCAAGCAACAAACUAUAUUGAAGAAGCAGAAGAAAUCACUCAACAAUUGGAAUUUUCAUCACAAAAUUCUGGUGAAAUCUCUCAACUUAGACCGAAAAUUACAAAUUACAAUUCACAAAUUCAAGAAUACAUUAAAAGGUUAGAGAAAGUAACUGGUGAAAAGAAACAAAAAAGUUUAGCUUCAAAUUCUGUAUUGGAUAUCGGUUUAAAUCAUAACCAAAUUCAACAACAACAUCAACAGCAACAAAAGAAAAUUAGAUUUGAUGAUAUUCAUAUCAAUGCAAAAGAGGAUUUAGAUGAUUAUGAAGAAGAGGAAGAUUUAAAUGAUCUAAGAUCAACAAAAUAUAAAACUCCAUCUGAAAAAUUUAAAAUCUUUAUGAAAUAUCAUGCUAUCAAAGUAAUUGUAAUCGUUAUUUUAGCAAUGACUAUAGCUUUAAUUGCUGGUUAUGUAUUUCAUAAAGCUUCAAAAUCAAAUCCUGAAAAUCCAGUUCGUUAA